UCUGUGUGAUAGGGCAGUGCCAUCGGCCUCAAAAAGGUGAUGGUGAGGUAUUGAGAGCAAAUGAUGUCGAUCUGAGGAAUACACGGGAUGAUAUUCACAGUUCAGCGGGAGGAUGAUGAUGAUGAUGAUAGUAAUGAUGAUGUUAAUGAUGAUGAUGAUGAUGAUGAUAAUGGUGAUAUGAAUGGUCGGAAUCUUUGGUCUCAGAAGACUGGGGAUAAUGAUAAUGAUGCGGAUAAUGAAUCAUCGGAACCACUGGAAUCACCUCAAAAUGGUGAUGAUGAUGAUGAUGAUAUGGAUUGUUGGAAUCAGAAGACUGGGGAUGUAGAAAGGGAAGAUGAUGUCGCAGGUCUGGGCGGUACAGUCUAUUGGGAUAAGAAGAGAAGUGAAGACAAGAGUGUGGAUUCCAAAGGUGCCAAUGACAUGAAAGGCGUUGAGCAGAAGGAGGGCGAAGACAACAGUGUCGACAAAGCUCGAGGAGGAGGAGGAGGGGGAGGGGGAGCAAAUGAGGAAGAGGAGGAGAAGGAAGACAAAGGGAGGAGGAGAGGAAGAGGAGGAGGAGAGGAGGAGCAAAUAAGGAAGAAGAGGAGGAAAGGAGGAGAAGAGAAGCAGCAAUCAUGGCCUGAGCCCGCUGGGGUUGUGGCAUCUGAAGGAGAUUACGCGAUCUUCAUUCCUCCCGGGAACAACUCGACAAGGCAGGUGGUGGAUUACACUGUGCAGGAGCUAAUCAUUACAGAAAGCUCUCUUUCCUUGCCAAUGGGACGGGUUCAGUCCGAAGAUGCGGCUAACGGGGAAGAGGGGGGCGACACCGUCCAGACGAAUGGAACAGGCAAAAUCUACAGCGGCGUCAGCUACACACUGAUUUCAAAGGCCAUCGGGAUCUUCCCAGCGGCUUCCACAAUUGAGCCCAGCCUUCUGAUGCUCCGCUUCUGGGUGGGGACCACCAACAGACGCAGGCAUCUACUUCAGCAGGACUUAUUGGCCUCAGAGGAGAAUGAUAUCUGGAACCAGCAGCAGAAUAAGGAUCGAGACAAGGAUACUGGCCAUUGCAAGGAGGGGAAAAAGGAAGCAGCCGACAAUUUGCCGGUGAAUGGCACAACCGGCGUGGAAACAUCGUCUUUUGACAGAGGCUCGCUCGAAGCAGAAGCACUUCUGCACAAAGCAGAGCAGAAGAAGAGAGGAGAGGACAGCAGGGGAAAAGAAGAAGAAGGGAGGAGGGCAAAAAGCAAAGACAGCAAGCCAUUCGACGGAGCAGUGAGGGGGUUCACCGAUGGAAUGCCUCAACAAGGACGAAGACGGCGUUUUGUUCCAUUGAGUCGGGACCAAGUCAAGGAGGAAGGAGUUCAUCCCGGCGGCGAACUAAAGGAGGGACCCCGUCUCCCAAGAAGCUCCUCCUCCUCCUCCUCCUCCUUGCCCUCCUCCUCCUCGAGACACUUGUUGGAUUCAAUUGAUUAUAAUCCAGAAGCGAUCGUUGUUGUGCACCAACAAAGAAUUCCAGACAAGUUUAACCUCCUUGUUGACGAGACCAUGUCGUGGUCGAUGCUCAGCGACAAAAACUUCACCAUCGAGGAUGGCUAUGCGUCUGCGGUUAUAACAUCAUUUGGCAUUUACGCUGUCGCAAUAGAAACAAGUGCUUUGUCUUCCGGCAACCCUGAUCCUAAUGCAGAUAACGGAGAGCAGUCCGGGGCCUCCCUGCAAAGGCCGAACACGACCAGUGCGCCGAGAGACAUGGAGCCAAGAGCAGAGGAAAGGCACGGAGCCAUACUGGACCCAUCUUACGUCAUUCUGCUCAUCGUCGUAGGUAUCACGAUCAUUGCGGCUAUCGGUGCAAGCAUUUCAUAUCGACAACGUUCGAAGGAGGCGCAAAUAGAAGAAAAGCAGCAGCAGCAGCAGCAGCAGCAGCAAGAAGAAGAAGGGGUGGCGGACGGGGAACUUGGCAAAAAAAGGGUGACAUGGACGGCGGCGAUAGACAACAUCCGCUCAUCACUGUUCUCUAAGGGUGGAAGCGUGUUUGGCCAAGCAAUGGCCGGCUUAUUCAGAGUCAAUGCGGCUGCAGCAGAGACGACGGAGCCAGGAGGAGGAGGGCGGGAUGGCAGAUCUCGAACCGUCAGUCCGGUCGGUAGUAGGAUGGGAUCAUUGUUCCAACGUUUUGAACCAAACCGGCAAAAGCGUGAAGACAUAGACUCCACAAGUACGCUGACCCCGAUCGAGGAAUCGUCGACGCUGAAAAAGAUGGCCGCAAGGCGAAUAUCGGCUAUCCCUCCCAUUCCGAGGAAAGAGGGGAUUGGGGCCGGGGCUGGGCCUGGGGUUGGUUUCAGGUCACAUCUUCCAGUGAAUCCAUUGUUUGGAAAUGCUGCUGCAGACCUAUCAGAGCAGACAACGACAUCAAGUCCUCUAGAGAAAGCGGUUACGGCGAGGAAGAACCAAUCCCCCGAAAAGGACACUAAACAGGGCCUCCCCGUCCCCGAAAAGGAGAUGAAAGGGGGCCUUAUGACCUACGAAAAGGAGGCUAAGCGGGGCCUCGCAAUAUUGGCGAAGGAGAUUAAACAGGGUCCCCCGAUCUCCGAAAAGGAGACCAAACGGGGCAUCCUGAGACGGCACCAUGCAGAUGAUGGUCAAACUGAGACUCAUGGUGACGACCCACGACAGUCGGAGGUCCAAAGUAAGAGCCAGGGACAGGUUGCGGUCCAGCGUAAGAACCUGGAACAAGGUCAGGGCCAGAUGCAAGACAAGCAGCGGGAGCAUAGUCCGAGAACAAAGUCUGGACCAGGAGCUAUGCUCACGGGUCGUGCCGAUGGUGGUCAAGAUCAGGGCCGUAUUCCUGCCGUGGAGUCGGGAUCGGUACCCUUCGUCAAAAUCAAGCUCGGAGCCAAGGGUGCCGAGAAGGAGGACGGUCCUCGACCAGCGACCGGAGUGAUACCCAGGAUCACAACAAAGACCCAGGGCCAAGUGCAGGACCAGAGUCCGCUCCAGAGGCAGCCGCAUGGUAGUCAGGACCAGGCUGAGGAUCGAGAUCAGGGUCUGGGUCAGGUUCGGGACCAGGGGCAGGACCAGGGGCGGGACCAGGGGCGGGACCAGGGGUGGGACCAGGAGCAGGACCACGGGCGGGACCAGGGGCAGGACCAGGGUCAGCACCAGGGUCGGGACCAGGGUCGGGACCAGGGGCGGGACCAGGGUCGGGAUCAAGGUCGGGACCAGGAUCGGGACCAGGGUCGGGACCAGGGUCGGGACCAGGAUCCUUCCCAAGUUCACGGCCAAGGAGGUGUAUCGGACAAAAUGGAUAGGCAGCAGAAGCGAACCAAAACACCGAUCCUGAAGAUCGAGAAACUGAGUGAGCUUCAGCAGGGUUCUCGUUCUGCUCCUGGAACUCCUUUGGCGACUCACAUCACGAACAUGGGACAGGUGGUGGACCAGGUUCUGGUGCCUAGCACAGGUGAGGCUGAUAAUGACACUCCGGGCAGAAGCAAAAGAGGCAAAACCAGAGUGAGCAUCAUCCCCAUUGAAAAGGUAUUAAGCUGGAGCCAAAGGCAGAAGCCAAUGACAGGUGGGGCGCUCGAGGACGGACCACGAACACCGAAAGAAGAGAGACACGAGUCGGUUUCUGUUCCUGCCGCCGCUGCUGCUGCUGCUGCAGCUUCUGUUCCUCCUCCUCCUCUUCCUUCUCCUCCUCCUGCUUCUCAUCCUCCUCUUCCUUCUCAUCCUUCUCAUCGUUCUCCGCGUUCUCCUACUCUUCUUUCUCCUCCUUCAGCUUUUCAAUUUGUCCCUUCUCCUCGGUCCCCCCACACACCCUCUGGCGAUGGAAGAUAAAAAAACCGGCAAAGGGGGACUGCCUCUUAAGCAAAGGAGGAAGAACAACUGGCAUCGAGGGCAUCAACACACCCAUCAGCUGCACAAUCCCUUCAUAAAAGCAGACAGGGGCAGAGGGGGGUGACCUGUCUGCUCGGUCUGGCAACGGCAUGGAUCUUCAACUAGUUCUAGUUCAGGGGGAGAAGGAAUGAAUCUUCAGCUAGAAA